CCUGCCUGCCCGCUCCACCGGGGACACCUGCCCGCUCCACCGGGGGGACAUGCGGACUAAAAGUUGCUGUUUUUAUCAGGAAACUUUCGAAUAAAAAGAGGAUUUGAAUGGACUGAACAGCGCGAGCGUCGUAGGCAGGGGAGAUGUCUGUGAACGAGCUGUACACAAAGUUCACUCGGGUCUGGAUCCCGGACCCGGAGGAUGUCUGGAAGGCUGCAGAGAUCGUCAGGGACUACAAGGAAGGAGAACCGGUUCUCCACCUCAAACUGGAGGAUGAGACGCCUCUGGAGUAUCCUGUGGGUCCGAAGAGCAACCCCCUUCCUUUCCUGCGGAACCCCGACAUCCUGGUUGGGGAGAAUGACCUCACUGCCCUCAGUUACCUGCAUGAACCUGCAGUCCUGCACAACCUCAGAGUCCGCUUCCUGGAGUCCAACCACAUCUACACCUACUGCGGGAUUGUGCUGGUGGCCAUCAACCCGUACGAGCAGCUGCAGAUCUACGGAGAGGAGGUCAUCAAUGCCUACAGCGGUCAGAACAUGGGGGACAUGGACCCUCAUAUAUUUGCUGUGGCUGAAGAGGCUUACAAGCAGAUGGCCAGAGACGAGAGGAAUCAGUCCAUCAUAGUGAGCGGAGAGUCCGGAGCAGGAAAGACGGUUUCUGCAAAGUACGCCAUGCGUUUCUUUGCCACAGUGGGCGGCUCAGCCAGCGACACCAAUGUGGAGGAGAAAGUGCUAGCCUCCAGUCCCAUCAUGGAGGCUAUUGGAAACGCCAAAACCACUCGGAACGACAACAGCAGUCGUUUUGGAAAGUACAUUCAGAUCGGAUUCAGCCGGCGUUAUCACAUCAUUGGCGCAAACAUGAGAACAUACCUGCUGGAGAAGUCCCGGGUUGUUUUUCAGGCGGAGGAUGAGAGGAAUUAUCACAUAUUCUACCAGCUGUGUGCCUCUGCCAGUCUACCAGAGUUCAGAGAACUCAGCCUCACCAGCGCAGAAGAUUUCACCUUCACAUCUUUGGGAGAGAACAUCUUCAUCGAGGGAGUGAACGAUGCUGAAGACUUUAAAAAGACCAGAGAGGCCUUCACACUGCUGGGGAUAAAGGACAGCAGUCAGAGCAGUAUUUUUAAGGUCAUCGCCUCCAUUCUUCAUCUGGGAAACAUUGAGGUUUGCCCGGAGCGAGACGGAGAGUCGUGUCACAUCUCAAGGGAAGACGUCCACCUCAAACACUUCUGCCAGCUGAUGGGCGUUGAGAUGCAGCAGAUGGAGCACUGGCUCUGUCACAGGAAGCUGGUCACUGCAUCCGAGACCUACGUCAAGAACAUGUCCAGCAAGCAGGCGACCAAUGCCCGCGAUGCGCUCGCCAAACACAUCUACGCACGUAUGUUCGACUGGAUCGUGGAGCACAUCAACAAGGCCCUACAGACCUCCAUCAAACAGCACUCCUUCAUCGGAGUGCUAGACAUCUACGGGUUCGAGACGUUUGAGGUGAACAGCUUUGAGCAGUUCUGCAUCAACUACGCCAACGAGAAGCUUCAGCAGCAGUUCAACUCUCACGUGUUCAAGCUGGAGCAGGAGGAAUACAUGAAGGAGCAAAUCCCCUGGACCCUCAUAGACUUCUACGACAACCAGCCCUGCAUAGACCUGAUCGAGGCUCGACUCGGCAUCCUGGACCUGCUGGAUGAAGAGUGUAAAGUGCCGAAGGGAACCGAUCAGAACUGGGCCCAGAAGCUCUAUAAGCAGAACUCUAGCAGUGCUCACUUCCAGAAACCUCGUAUGUCCAACACCUCCUUCAUCAUCAUACACUUCGCUGACAAGGUGGAGUAUCAGUGUGAAGGCUUUCUGGAGAAGAACAGAGACACUGUCUACGAGGAGCAGAUCAACAUCCUCAAAGCCAGUCAGGUUCGACUCGAGGCGAGCGGUGCAGCAGCUCCGAGCCUGCGGGGUCCUGGAGACUAUCCGGAUCAGUGCAGCCGGAUACCCGUCCAGGUGGACGUACCCAGACUUCUUCAGCAGGUAUCGAGUGUUGCUGAAGAAGUCUGACAUGAUGUUGGCAGACAAGAAGUUGGUGUGUAAAAACCUGCUGGAGACUCUGAUCAAGGAGCCGGACAUGUUCCAGUUUGGUAAGACGAAGAUCUUCUUUCGGGCGGGUCAGGUAGCCUACCUGGAGAAGCUGCGGGCGGAUAAGUUCCGCUCGGCCUGUAUCAAGAUCCAGAAGACGGUUCGAGGUUGGUUGCAGAGAGUUCGAUACCGAAAGAUCCGGAAGUCUGCCAUCACCUUGCAGAGAUACGGGCGAGGGUACAUGGCCCGCAGAUACGCUGACUUCCUGCGUCAGACUCGAGCCGCCAUCAUCUGUCAGAAACAGUACCGUAUGGUGAGAGAUCAACGGGCCUAUCUGAGAGUGAGACAGGCUGUUGUCACCAUCCAGGCCUUCACCAGAGGGAUGUUCACCCGUAGGAUUUACCAGGAGUUCCUCCUGCACCACAAGGCCAUGAUCAUCCAGAAGAGCGUCCGCGGCUGGCUGCAGAGGAAGAAGUUCAGACGAGCACGCGACGCCGCCAUCACCAUCCAGUGCGCGUACAGACGCACGCUCGCCAAACGACAGCUGAAGCAGCUGAAGAUCGAAGCUCGCUCUGCUGAACGCCUGAAGAAGCUCAACACAGGGAUGGAGAACAAGAUCGUCCAGCUGCAGAGGAAGAUGGAUGACCAGUCCAAGGAGUACAAGAGUCAGAAUGAGCAGCUGCUGCUUGUGAACACCACCCUGGGCUCGGAGGUGAACAAGCUGCAGAAGCAGCUGGAGCAGGUCCGCAGUCAGCAGGGCGACGGGGGUCAGCUGACGUCGCUGCAGGAGGAGCUGGAGAGGCUGAGGGAGGAGCUGCAGGAGGCGGCGGCCCAGAGGAAGAGGCUGGAGGAGGAGCACAGCACGGAGAAACUGGGGCUCCAACAGAGGGUGGAGGAGCUGGAGAGAGAGAACUCCCUGCUGAAAAGUGAGAAAGAGGAGAUGAACCAAAGGAUUCUUCAACACUCAAAGAGCUUUGAAGAGGAUGGCAGCAGUGUGUCUCAGAAGGAGGCGUCUCUGCAGAAGGAGCUGGAUCAGGAGAGGCAGCGUUACCAGAAUCUGCUUAAAGAGUUUUCCAGACUGGAGCAGAGAUACGACAACCUGAAGGAGGAGGUGUCCCUGAGCAAGUUCCAACCCGGCCACAGGAGGAACCCGUCCAAUCAGAGCAGCCUGGAGUCAGACUCCAACUACCCAUCCAUCUCUACCUCAGAGGUCGGAGACACCGAGGACUCCAUUCAGCUGGUGGAGGAGAUGGGCAUGGAGAAGGCUGCGAUGGACAUCAGUCUGUUCAUGAAGCUGCAGAAGAGAGUGAGAGAGUUGGAGCAGGAGAGGAAAAGACUGCAGGCCAAUGUGGACAAGAUGGAGGAGCUCGCCAAGCGCAAGGGUUCUGAGUCGAGGAGUCCCACCUCUGAGCAGGAGACUGCAGAUCUGGCCUACAACAACCUGAAGAGGCAAGAGCUGGAAACCGAGAACAAGAAACUCAAGAAUGACCUAAACGAGCUGAGGAAGGCAAUCUCUGAGCGUGCAUCUCAAAACAAUUCCUCCAAUGAACUCCAGGACAGCUACAAUCUGCUGCUCAGUCAGCUCAAAUCAGCCAAUGAGGAGCUGGAUGCCCGCAAGGAGGAAGUCCUCAUUCUGAGGACUCAGAUAGUCAGCACGGCCCAGCUACUGGAGAAGAAUGAUCACAUA